CUUUUUUUCCUCUAUGAUGGCAGUAAUAUGCCAUCAUAUUACAGUAGUUGUACAGUAGGGAGUCAAAUGGAAGCAGAAAAAAGUGCAAAAUGGAAAUUUUGUAUAAUAUAUCACAUUUAAGACUGAACAGAAGUACACAGUGACUUGCAUUCCCCUGUUAUUUCUAAAGUCCCAAGAGGAAAGAACUAACGUUUUUUUUUUUUCUCAUCCUUUUCCACGUGACCAAAAUCAACACAUCAGGGACUGACUUUUUCAUAACAAAUAUCUGCAAAGUGAAUUAUAAGUUUGAGUGAUCCAGAUGGAACUUCAUGUUCUGGAUGUGCUGCUGUAACCAAGCGAGCAAAGUCAAAAACAAAUGUGUGACAAACAGUUCUAAGUACAGCUCCCAGCGGGCCGGUGCUGAGCUCUGCUUCGAAAUGUAAUUAGAUCCUGUUUUCUCCUGGCUCAUCUGUACCCUCCCUCUGUUCUUUAACGCUGCUUAGGUGUGAAGUCAUGUAAACUGUGGCAGUCAGCAGAAAGAGAGAGAUUAAGAGACAGUGGACAGAGAAAAAGUCAAGAUUGGACACAGAAGCCGAUUUUAAUCCAGCCUGCAGUUGUUGUCGUCCGCUGAGUGCUGUGGGAGAAUGUCUGCAAAGACUGAGCUGCAUUUCCGACUGGAUGGCCAGCUGACAGAGGUGAUGCGCCUGCGGGUCCAGUCCCUGCAGCAGCGCCGCCAGAAGCGACAGGAGGGCGAGCGCUUGCUGCAGCCCAACGAGGCUGUGUACCGGCUGGACUUCUCCAAGCAGUCGCUUCGCUUCUCCCACUGGACGGUGCGGCUGGCGCAACCUGGGCGCCUCACCAUCAUAGCCAUCUCGCAGCUCUGGACGCCGGACCUCACCAACCUGAUGACGCGCCAGCUGCUGGAGCCCGUCGGUGUGUUCUGGAGAACGGCUACUGAGGACACGCCCGCCCAGUGCUACGAGGCGGAUGCGGCUGAGUUCGGGGAGAGGAUCGCAGAGCUGGCCAAGGUGAGGAAGGUGAUGUACUUCCUGUUUGCUUUUGCAGAAGGAUGCAGCCCUGAGAGUGUCGACUGCUCCAUCACCUUCAUAGUGGACGCUUAAAAAGUGCAACGAACUGAAAGAACUCAAAGUUUUACCUUUCUUGUGUGAUUAAUUCAGUCAUAAACUAGUUGGCCAAGUUAUUUUAUGAAUUCAAGAACAUUUGGAACCAAAUUUGUUGUUUGCUUUUUAUCUCUGCAGCCAUUAAUGAUGGGAAUAAAUACAGUUAAA